CCCAGAGUACAACUCCCCCUCCAGAAAUCCCCUCACCCAGCAGCCUGCCCUCAUCAGCACUUUCCUCUCCAAACUGAGAUAGAAAUACUUGCAGCUCAGGACAGUUGAUUAUUUAAAGCUGUCGGGAGUGUUUAAUUUAACCCUGGAUUCAUCACCCGCAGCUUGUUUCCAUCCUGGAGACACCCCUGCUCCCUCGACUCCCCCUCUCAGUGUAAACUCUGCCCCUGCUGAGCGCUUCACCCCAAGGCAGAUUCGGGCUGAGGUUUCCAGGCAGGGGACGUGACCCUGCCACGUGUUUCCCCCGAUGUCCCCGCUCCCACUGGCACAGCGAGGGAUGUCCCUGCACCAGGGGCUGCAGCUGGUGCUGACAUCUCUGUGCUGGAGCAUGGUGCUGUGAGGUCCAGCUGCCCCUUCCCACUACUGAGCUCCAGGAUGCAGGCAGGCCCUGGGCUGCCCCUCGCCACUCUCCUCCUCUGCCUCCUCCUGCAGCAUCUGGGCAGCAGCAAGGCAUGGAAGGAGCAUGCCCCACGCCUUCGCCUCACCUACAAAGAUCUGCUGAAAUCCAACAGCUCUCGCCUUUUGCUGGCCUCAGGGGAUGAGCUGAAUUUCCAAGCCCUCCUAGUGGAUGAGGACAGAGCCUGGCUGAUGGUAGGAGCGAAAAACCACAUCUUCCUGCUCCACCUGGACCACCCCAGCAGAGAGCCCGAGAAGAUUUUCUGGCCAGCCUCCAGGGAGCAGGUGGAGCACUGCCAGCUGGCGGGGAAGAACGUGGAGACCGAGUGUGCCAACUUCAUCCGCCUCCUCCAGCCCUUCAACAGGAGCCAUGUGUUUGCCUGUGGGACCGGUUCCUACCAACCAGUCUGUGCCUUCAUCCAGUUGGGAGCCAGGGGGAAGCAGGGUCCCGGGGCUCCCACCAUGCAUCUGGUGACCCACUCCUUGGAAUCGGGGCGAGGACGGUGCCCAUACAGCCCCCACGAACCCUUCACAGGACUCCUCAUUGACAAGGAGCUCUAUUCAGGCACCUCCAGUGACUUCAUGGGCAGCAGCGCUGCCUUCUUCCGCACCUGGGUCCACGGGGCUGAGCAGAGCUACAUCCGGACAGAGCAGAACCAGGACCACUGGCUACAUGAGCCUGCAUUUGUUGGUGCCUAUGCCAUCCCUGAUACCUACAACCCACACGAUGACAAGGUCUACAUCUUCUUCCGUGAGACAGCCAUGGAAGCUGGACAGUGGGAGAGGCGGCACAUCCAUGCCAGGGUGGCACGGGUCUGCAAGAAUGACAUCGGAGGGAAGCGGAGCCUCAUCAACCGCUGGAGCACGUUCCUCAAGGCCCGCCUAGUGUGCUCCAUCCCCGGGCCCCAGGGCACUGAGACCCAUUUUGAUCAGCUCGAGGAUGUUUUCGUCCUGCGCACCCGGGACCCUCAGAACCCCCUCGUCUUUGGUCUCUUCACGGUCUCUAGUGGUGUCUUCAGUGGCUCUGCCGUCUGCAUCUACUCCAUGGCUGCUGUGAGAGCGGCCUUCAGCGGCCCCUUUGCUCACAAGGAGGGCUUUGACUACCGCUGGGUAGAAUACAAGGGCCGUGUCCCCUAUCCUCGUCCCGGCACGUGCCCCAGCGAGACGUACGACCCCUUGCUGAGGUCCACCAAGGACUUCCCCGACGAGGUGAUCAGCUUCAUGCGCAGCCAUCAGCUGAUGUGGGAGCCCGUGUACCCGCAGGGCCGCCAGCCCGUCCUGGUCAGGGUCAAUGUCCCUUAUCGGCUGCAGCGGCUGCUGGUGCACAGGCUGGAGAUGGAGAGCCGGCACUACGACGUGCUCUUCCUCGGCACAGAUGAGGGUAAAGUCCUGAAGGUGGGGCUGGCCGGUGGGGCGAGCCGCAGCACGGAAGUGAUCAGCCUGGAGGAGAUCAGUGUCACCAAGGUGCCUUCUCCCAUUCUGGACAUGAAGUUAUCACCAAAGCGGCAGGAGUUGUUUGUGAGCAGCACGCAUGGACUGCUCCAGCUCUCCCUGUACCGCUGUGAGCUCUACGGCAAAACCUGCACCGACUGCUGCCUGGCCAGGGACCCGUACUGCACCUGGGACAGCAGGACCUGUGCCCCUCAGCUGCUCACUGAGAAGAGACGUGCCCGCUGUCAGGAUGUGCUGAACUCUGAUCCACUCAGCCAGUGCCAGGACACCACAGAGGGGAUCGCUGCCAUGGAGAAGCUCGUUUUUGGGGUGGAGAAGAAUUCAACUUUCCUUGAGUGCCUGGCACGCUCCCCCCAGACAACUGUCCGGUGGCUGGUGCAGCGCGGGGAGGAGAUGGGUCUGAGUGAGAUCAGGAACAAUGGCCACUUCUCAGUGCUGGAGCAAGGACUGCUGAUCCGCCAGCUGUCAAGGGAGGACGUGGGCACCUAUGAGUGCCAGGCGGUGGAGCGCUCCUUCUCCCGGCCCCUCACCCGGUACAGCCUCAGAGUCAUCAGGCAUGAAGCCACAGAGGUGCCAUCUUACAAAUGGAGCAAAGGGGCUGAGCUGGGAGGGACCCACCAGAGCCCCCGGCCCCGAAUUGACCUGCACCCGGGAUACAAGGGCUUCCCACGGGCCCUGGGGGCACCGGGCACCAGCCUGGAUGCCUACUGCAAUGCCCUGCGGCACCAGGAAAGGCAGCGGCAGAAAACCUGGCACCAGAAGUGGCAGCACCCAUCCCCAGACAGCAAGAACGGCCGUGUGCGGAGGCACCCCCAGCCCCUGUGAGGGGGCAGAGGGAGCCAGGGCCACCCGCAACUCCAUUCCCACUCUCUCCAGGGCCCUUGUCACACCAGGCAUCAGCUCCAAGGCACCUCUCAUCUUCAGAAGCUCCUUGCUGUUACUACCUCAAACCCUGUCAGCUCCUGCUGCCUCUCGGUGUGCCCUGUGGGGCACCCUGAGGCCGGAGCAUGCCACCCACUCUCUGAGACUCAAGAGCUAUUCACACCCCGCAGAAUAUUUAUUCUCCUUGUUUUCCCCUGGCCCUUAAUGACCACCGUUAUCAGCAGCAAUAAUAAGCAGAGAAGGGAACCACCACCUAUGGUAAAUGGUUCCUAACACCCAGCAGCCCCAGCCCUGCCAUGGACACCCCUGCAUCCAGGCUCCCUCCCCUCUGAGGUGGCAGCCCCAGCAGCGUGGUGACUCAGUGGGGUGCUCACCCCCAGAGAGCCCAAAUACCACUGAAGGCACUGAGGCUACAGCUACCAGGCACCUUUGAUUUGCAGAGAUGCCCAGCCCUGCUCUAAUCCACUUCAAAUCACAGUGCUUUUAAAAAUUUUGAUGUUUUUUUUUAACCAAAAAAAAAAAAAAGAAA